GUCUACUUAAUCUCUUUCUUUUUCCAUAUACUAACCAUACACCAACAACACAGUGAACCAUAAUCACCAUGGAAUCACCACCCAAGAGAAUGACCCGGGCCAGAGCUGCCGCAAAGGCCACUGAUCCCUCGGUCAAGACAACAAAGAUCGUCACAGCUGCUGCGCGGGCAAAGAGUACCGCGACUGCAGGCACAAAAAGCACAGCCGCUAAGAGAAAGACAAGAGCGGAUGAGGAAGAGGAGGAUCAACGCGAAGUUGCUGUUGUCAGAAGAACGCGUGGUCGACCAAAGAAGACUGAGGACCAAGAAUCUGAGGUUGAACCUGUAGCACCAGCGAAACCCACAAGAGGCCGUGCAAUCAAGAAGACGGCCACAGAACCUCCCAAGGAGACUGCUGCACCUGUCAGAGCUACUCGGGGACGGCCUCGGAAGGCUGUUGCUGCUGAAUCAGAAGAGUCUGCUCCGGCACCAGCCCCUAAAAAGACAACCACUCGCACUCGCACAACUACCACAACAGCUGCAACAACAAAAUCAACAGCUGCCGCCAAACCUGCUGCCAGAAAGGCUGUCAAGUUCCAAGAGCCUGACAAAGAGAACAUCGAGCCUGCUACCGAGGCCAAGGAGCCUGCUCGGCCAGGAAUCAGAGGCCGACCAGCCAAACGUGGAGGAGCAGCUGGAAGUCGAACGACCAGAGCGGCGGUAAGAUUCGCCGAGUCGACAGACAACAAGCCUUUAAGUCCUAAGAAGAUUACCCAGAUACCUGUUUCGAGGGACGAUGAUUCCGAGGACGAACUCGCCGGUGACAUGCCGCCUGUCAAACCGAUGAAGAAGAACCCGAUCAAGCCUCCUACAAGUGCUGCUAGAGCCCAGCCUGAGCCGACCGAAAAAUCUACCGAGUCAACAAAUGCUUUAGAUAGCAUCACAAAUCCGCCAGACCUUGGCGGAAUCAACCUAUCUCCUGCAAAGAGACGUCCAGCCUCGCCUCUCAAAGACACAAUGAGAUCGCCAGCACGCCGAAUCGGUCCUGUUGCUCUGCCUGGAUCUACAAUGAAGAAGACACAGGACGACACCACGCAAGCUGCAGAAGGUACUUCGUUCAAGAAUUCUUUACUCAUGUCGGCGGCUAAGCGACCUCAAUCACCCAUCAAGGGAUUGAACUUUGCAACAUCGCUCAAGCCUCAACAGACCCAAUCAGCAAUGAAGGCGUCACUUCUUCUUUCACCUCCGAAACGGGCCAUGCCUGGACUGAAGCCGGUCACAGAACCGCGACCUAGAGAUGUUGCGGAGCUGGGCGAACCACCAGUCAUGAAGCCUCUGGUGAUGGAUACUCCUAGUCGUGCCCCUUCUACCCGAUCUUCGGAUAAGCUUAUGUCGGAAGAGCAAGCUGAGCUUGAGUUUGAUGCUGUUGAUGACGAUGUCUUCAAUGACCCCAUUGAGAACUUGCAAUUCCCUGGCCGUCUGUCUGCUGUGCUUCCUCGUCAUGCUGACCCUGCCUUGAAGAAAGAGAUGGGUAUUGUCGAUGAGACUGACGAAGAGCCUGCUCCAGUUGACGCCAUCAUCGAGACUCUCGAAGAGCCUCAGGCGGAAGUCGAGACUGCCGUCGAGGUUGGUGAAGAUAUUGCGACUGAGGCUGAAGCAGUCCAAGAAGUGGUAGAAGAAGUGAACGACCUUACCGACGAGGAGGACAGCAUGGCCGUUGACGAAGAAAAUGCUGAGGCAGAUGAUGUACCUGAGGAAGUUGAGUCCAAGAAUUCAACUCCCGCUCAGUCUCCCCAGCAAGAACAGAAUCCCAUGUUCCAGCUCAGGGACAAGGAUUUGGAGCCCUCUCAAGACUCGGACUCUGAGGAUGAGACCAUGGCUAUCAAGGGUGUAGCGCCUACCACCCCAACACCAUUUGUUCGCAAGACACCCAAGACUUCUCGUGCUUCUAUGGGUGGAUUUAGCGCACUCGCUGAUCGACUUGAUUCUUGGAAGGCCAGUACGCCUAUCAAGAUGGCUCCUCUCGGUGGAGAGAAGCUCUCUAACAAGUCAGCUACUCCUCGAUCUGAGGCCUCACCCGCUUCGACUCAUUAUUUCGAAGAUGAGAUGACGGUACGUGCAGGUAUGGAAGAACUUCAGGCGGACAGGACUGCCGAAAUUGUUGAGCCCACUUUUGAUGACAUGGAGGUCACUGAGGAGGAUGUUGAGUUGGCCAACGAGGCUAAUGAGAUGUCUCUGAUGGAGCCCGAGAUUCUUGAAGAGGUUGUCAAUACUGAAGCUUUUGACGACACUCUCUCCGAGGCUAGUCAAGAGUAUGGCGAUGAGAAUGAGGCCCCUGUUUCUAUGACACCCAUUACACCUGUUCGUCCAGUCAUGAAGACCUUCAACACCACCACAAAGGUUCCUCUGAAGCCUGCAGACGACUCAUCUCCUUCCCCUCUGAAGAAGCGCAGCUUCAGCGCAUCGCGAGUUGCUCCCAAGCGCCCCUCAGGGCCUACCAGGAGUGCUUCCGUCAUCUCUUACUCCCCUACCAAGGGUAGAAAGAGUAUGCCCGCAACCAUUGCCGAGGUCCCGUCUGUCCCUUCAACACCUGCCCCUGCCACGCCCUCAAAGUCUGAGCUCUGGUCGUCCUUGGGCACGCCCGCUAGAACUCCCCGACGUGACGUCGACCCUGCUCUACUUCGUGGAGCUGUGGUCUUUGUCGAUGUUUACACCAGCGAAGGAGCUGAUGCCAGCAGCAUCUUCGUGGAGCUGCUCACGCAGAUGGGUGCCAAGUGCCUAAAGUCAUGGAGCUGGAACCCCAAUGGAUCUGGCAACGAUGUGACGUCCACUAAGGUUGGAAUCACACAUGUUGUCUUCAAGGACGGCAGCAAGCGCACACUGGAGAAGGUCCGUGAGAGCAACGGAAUCGUCCAGUGUGUCGGAGUCAGUUGGGUGCUUGACUGUGAGCGUGAGAACGACUGGGUGGAGGAAAGUCCCUACAAGAUCGACACAAGCAACGUCCCUCGGGGUGGAGCUCGUCGCCGCAAGAGUAUGGAGCCCAAGGCUUUGGCCAACAUGAACGGCACCCUCGUCAACAGCCCUACCAAGGGAAGCUCUCGCACAGCUCCCUCUACGCCGAUCAACCGUCGUGAAAGCACACAAUGGAUGUACACCCCUUCAGAUCAAGGAGACGAGGACGAGGAGAUGGAGGAUUUUGAGUAUUCCGAAGCCAUCCUGACCCCUGUUCCCAAAACUCCUGCCCCUGAGGCCAUUGCUCGCUAUGCUGCCAACCUUGUCCCUGAUACUCCAUCUGACGAUGGUGACGAUGACGACAUGGGUGACUCCCCUAGUAAGGAUGCUCUCCUUAUGCGAACAUGCCCUCCCAAGGCCAACCCCUUCCGUGAGUUGGGUGCUGGCAUCAUCAGCGAGACCAAGGAUGAUAACGUCCUGAUGCGCCUCAUGGCGGCUCGACGCAAGAGUCUUCAGUUUGCCCCCAAGAUUGGAAGCCCUCUGGCUAGAACUUGGCAAUAG